AAUAUAAUCAUCGGCCAUUCCCACUCUCCCUACCCUUGUCCUACCACGGCUCCCUUUGUCUUACUCUCGUUCUCGUCCGCCGUCAACUCUCCAGCCACCAAUCGCGACCUCUUCUCUUGCGCUGUGAUCUGUGAUCAACUUUCCCGAGGCGCAUUGGGUUCUCGACGACUUGUCUAACACGUCAUUGACUGGGCUGCCAACGGCAGAAACAGCAGCAACGAUGGCAGAGGAAAAGCCCGUUGUCGCCCAGCAGGAGUAUGGCACGCCGAGGAAGGGGGGCAAGGUCCGUCGCCAUUGCGCCAGGUGGUGGUGGGUGCAUCUGAUCGUGUUCAUCCUCAUCGCCCUGCUGGUCGUGCUCUUGGUCAUCUUCGUCGCCAUUCCCAAGAUCGCCCAGAAGAAGAUCAACGAGGCGCAGCUGGCUGUCCAGGGGAUCUUGAUCACCAACACGCAGUCCGACAACUACACCAUGGCCAUCAACAGCACGAUCCACGCCAGCAGCCCCGUGCACGCGACCAUUUCCCCAUUCAAGGGGCAGAUGUACCUUGAGGAUCUGGAGCCGCAUACUCCCUUCGUCGAGCUCGACUUCCCCCAGACCACUUCCGACCCGGAGCAGCUGGUCAACACCACCCAGUUCGUCACCAUCACCGACAUGGACGCCUUCACAACCUUCAACAAGUUCCUCUUGACCAACGAGACCCUGCGCGUGACCCUUUCUGGGAAAACCCACGUCAAGGUCAAGGGCAUCGCCAAGAAAUUCAGCGUGAACUUCAAGAAGACGAUUACCAUGCCCGGACUCCGGAACUUUGAGGGAACCACCGUCUCGGACACGACAAUCUCAUUGACGCCAGACGAGAACGGCGACAACUUCAAGGGCCUUGUCAACAUCCCUAACCACUCCAUUGUGAACUUCGAGAUCGGCAACGCCACCUUCCACAACUACCUCCUCGGCGAGGAGAUCGGCACCGUCUUCGUCGACAACAUGAUCCUCCGGCCGGGCCUUAACAACACCUUCGCCAUGCGCGCCAACAUCAAGCAGGCCCCCGUGCUCACCGCGAUGGGCAAGAAACCCUACUGCGACACCGGCAUCCUCCCCUUCCAGAUGCGCGGCAAGACGGUCCUGAACCACGGCCAGCCCCUGAGCUACUAUGCCGACUCCCUCGCCAGCACCAACCAGACCGUCAACAUCGACAUUGCCACGCCCCUGAAGAAGGAUCUCAUGAUGGACAUCCCCUGCAGCAAGAACCAGUAAAGGGGAGGAUACGUCCAGAAGUUGAGCGUAUGGCUCGUUUGCCGUGGUUGGCUUGGAUAGGAGAUCCCGGCUGGGGAACGACGUUGGGUAUGACGGCGGCACAUGUGAAUUCGUGCCGAUUUGUGUAUUUAGGUCCUAUAAUCUGUUCAAAUGAUACCACUUAGUGAAUGUAACAGAAUGAAGGCCAAAACCGCCCGGAUGGAUGCAAUGUUUUACCACCGGUAGCCCAAGGAGGAGUGUGAUUGUUCGAGUAGAGGAGAUCCGGUAGAAAGGAACGCCCGUUCUUCAAAAGAGCCCC